AUGGAAGUCGGCAGGUGUCACCACGGUUACCUAAUCUCUCUCCUCCUUUUCCUGUUCCAUUCAGAGACAGCCUGUUACCCCCUGGGAAACAGACCCUGCGAGAUGCAGACCUUCAGAAUCUGGGAUGUCGCCCAGAAGACCUUCUACCUGAGAAAUAACCAGCUAGUUGCUGGAUACUUGCAAGGAGCAAAUACUAAAUUGGAAGAGAAGAUAGAUGUGGUGCCCGUUGAGCCCCAUACUAUGUUCAUGGGGAUCCAUGGAGGGAAGCUGUGCCUGGCCUGUGUCAAGUCUGGUAAUGAGAUCAAGCUCGGCUUGGAGCCUGUGAACAUCACUGACCUCAGCACGAGCAAGGAGGAGGACAAGCGCUUCGCCUUCAUCCGCUCCGACAGCGGGCCCACCACCAGCUUCGAGUCGGCCGCCUGCCCCGGCUGGUUCCUCUGUACAGCGACGGAGACCGACCAGCCCGUGGGCCUCACCAAUAAGCCUCAAGAUGCUGUCCAGGUCACCAAGUUCUACUUCCAGCAGGACCAGUAGGGGUGGCGCGUCUCCCUCCCGCCCGGGGGCUCGCCGUGGUUGCAGUACUCAGCGGGGCAGCCUUGGCCGGGGGGACCCUCGGAAGGAGGUACGAGAGCCCUGGGAACAGCCUCCUCUACUUACCCAGCCUCCACAAGGCCUCCGCCAGGUCUUUCGAAAGUGCAGAUGGAAUCACAGCCCGCUGGAAGCCCUCAGGGUCGCCUGUGCCUUCAGGGUAAAGUCCAGGCCCCCUGGCCAGCCCCAGCUCCAUCCUCCUCCCUCACCUCACUUCCAGGCCCCAGACCCCACAGGCCACUCGCUGACCUCCCCCCAAGGGGCUCCCAUUCCUCUUUUUGCAAACUGAUACUGCUCCAGGGGCGAGAUUUUUAGGCUCUGUGGCAAAAUGGAAAAUAAGCGCUUCCUGGUAUUUUUUUUUUUUUUUUUUUUAAUUAAGCCAGGUUUGAGAGAGAGAGUCCUUUAUUUGGAGAUGAUGUCCUUUCUGGAAGGGCGUGAAAGAUUAAAAUAUCUCCUUGUUUAGGAAAUGAUGGUGAAAGGAGGUGAUAGCUUUUCCUCUUUGUCUUUCUUGUUUUUGUGAUGCCCUGACCUGGAAAAAUGAAAAGUUAGUGGACUAGGUUGGUCCCCUAGUUUUUUUCUUUCUGGAAUGUUCCUAGAAGUCUAGACCCCACCCCCCACCCCGGCCCAGGCCCCGAGCGCCCUGUCCACUGCAGACCUCCUGCAGCUGCCCGCAGUGCUGUCCCGUUCCCUGCCCUCCCAUCAAAAUCCCCCAGCUCCCAAGACACAGCACAAAUGUGGCUUCUCCGGACCUCCCGGGAGGAAUGAACCGCUCCUUGACCAUUUCAGCACUUCCGACACCCUGAGACUUGUUUGGAAAAUGUUGUGCCUCUGUCUGUCUCCCCACCAUCCUGUGAGUCCCUGAGAGCAGGGACUUUGACACACACACACCCCCCCCCCCGCCCCAUGUCUUAGGUCUCUGCAGGGCCAAGCACAUGGCCUGGCCCCCAGUAGGUGCCCUCAGUGAACGUGCGUUGUAUGUGUUGAGUGGAAAGUUUCCUACUCCCUGUGACUUGAGCUUUGUUUUACAAUAAAACCUU